GUUUAGCGUUCUCUUUAGCGGCGGUGGUGAGGAUUCCUCGUCGUCUCUGAACAAGAGCUUGCGCCUUUCCCGCCUACAUCGUACCAGCCGACUGGCAAGGCUGGCGCGGCUGGGACGGCUCGCGAAGCUCGCGCCUUUCCUCCAUGAGAGCGCGACAUGGAAAUAUAUCCAGGCAUUCCGAGGCGUUCGCAU